AAUGGGAUUGGAGACUACAAAAUCCACACAAUUGAAAUUAAAUUGAAUUUCCAUUGUUGUUGAAUCGCGAUGCUUAUCUUAAAUCUCUCCCCCAAAAUCCACACAAUUCAUGCUGCCUUCUUCGCAUCCCCAAUUUCGUCUCCCAAGAACCCUAGAAGAAGAUUCAGAUCCCAAAUCCAAUUCAGAACACGGCGGCGACGCAUCAUCACCGCCCAAUCCAACGGCGACGACACGUCCGCCGACGGCCCCGACCGCCUAAUCUCCGCCAUCUGCUACUUCUACCCGUUCUUCGACGGCGUCCAGUACGGCAAGUACGUAAUCACUCAGUACGCUCCGAUUCAGGUUCUGAUUCAGCCCUUGGUUCCCGCGAUUAGAGUUUUCAAGAGCUUUCCGUUGAAUGGAUUUCUGGUGUUUUUGACUCUCUAUUUCGUCGUCGUUAGAAACCCUAAUUUCAGUAGAUCCCUAGAUUGCCCAUUGUUGCAGAAGCUGCAGAUAGGCAAGUUUUUUAGAGAAGUUCCUCUCUGAGUAAUUUGAGCCUCUGUUUUUCUCCCUUCCACGGCUGCUCUGUUGGAGAAAAAUUUGUAGAUGAGUUUACUUACUGUUCUACAUCUCUGUGUUCUUCCAAAUCUUACUGAAAGGAAUGAAAUCCUUGAGGAAAAACAAGUUGGAAAUGAUCUUCAAUGUCCAUUUUUUGUUUUCUGUACUGAAAAAUCUUAGAGGCAAGUGUUCUGAUAAAUUUAGUUCAGGGGAAGAGCAAAUUAACGUGUAAUAUGUUGAAUUGUUUAUGAUUAUUUGCAUUUUGCAAGCUAUAUGAGCAUCCUUUAUAAUCUUAUUAUUGUUUAGGA